AUGCUGGAGGCCGGCGUACUGAAUACCCUGCUCAUCAGAAUGGACCUGCCGUACGCGACGCAGCUGCGCUGCACCAGGCCGCCGGACGUCGAGCUCGGAGGUGAGGAGUAUCCGUGGGACACCAUGCUCCUGAUAACGAGCCUCUUGUGGAGGCUGAUGGGAGCGGUGCUGCCAGCGGGGAAACCGCUGCCGGACUGCCUGCUGAAGGACCUCCCCGCGCUCCAGCAGUGCGCCAUGUGGGGCUUGAGGUACUCGUUCCAGCGGCAGGUGCUUCGCGGCCGACAUCGAGCGGUCAACGCGAGGAUCAGGAACGACAUCGCCGCGCUGAUCCUCGCCGGGGUCGUGGCCCUGCCGUCGUCGUGGGACCUCGUCGGCAGCGGCAUCGCGGAGCUCAUCGUCGGUCUUCUGGGCGCGAUCGAGUCUGGCAGCACCAGGAUAUGGGCGGAGGACGUGACGUUCUCCGACAGCGACGACGACCUCUUCUUCAAGAGGAUCCUGCUGACGAUCGUCGCGCAUCUCGCCCACCUGGACAUUUGUGUCUUCGUAAUUCGUUCUUGCCGAUUUUCCGUGAAAUCUCAGCUGUUCGCUGUUCGAUGAAGAAGAUGCUGAUUGAUUGAUUCCCGAACGUCUAGGUGAUGAGGAAGGCGAUGGUCAUACCGGUGAUCCUGCGGAUCAUUGGAUUCUA